AUGAGGGCCUCGGUGGCGGUCUCGAUUUUUGCUCUCCUGGCCCAGCCAUUCGCAUCGGCCUCGUCAGACCUCGCAUUCUGUGCCACAGAUAACACAGGAUCUUCCUACUCAGCGGUGUCCGAUACAUACCAAUCCAAUGGAGCCUGUCUAAAAACCUGCGCCAACUACGCACUAGGUGUUCUACAAGGAAAGAAAUGUUGGUGCACCAAUGUCGCUCCGUCGAAAACCUCCCAAGAGGACACUUCUGACUGUGACACUGGAUGCCCUGGAUACCCUUCGGACAGCUGUGGUAGUGCGUCCAAAGGAGUCUUUGCCUAUGUUUCGAUCACCGGCAACGAUGUGACCAGUACCGCAGGUGGAUCAACAAGCUCGACAAGCACAUCCUCCUCGUCAAGCUCGUCCACGACCUCAUCGAGUACCGAAAAAACCACCGACACAACCGCCAGCGUGGCCGUCGAAACCAACUCCGGGGGUGAAGUGAAGACAAUCACAGUUGCUGGUUCAAGCCCUACUGGUGCUGAGUCUGCCUCCGCCGACACUAGUGAAGCCGACAGUUCAAAAUUGAGUGGAGGUUCAAUCGCCGGAAUUGUGAUCGGUGUUCUGGGAGGACUCGCCCUAGUUGGAGCGUUGAUCUUCCUGAUCUUCUUCUACCGCAAGCGCGCCCGCUCCGUCAGCCCCAUCCCCAGCCAGGACAUGACCGACAACCGAACUAGCCGAGGAUCGAGCUUCAUGCGUGGCAUCUUCCCACAAGGCGAAGGUGCCGCUGGUGGUUCCAUCCCAACACGCUCUGGAACGACCUUCACCGACAACCGUAUGAAGACCAACACGGUGCUCUACCCCAACGGCGCUCGGGACAGUAGUGUUUCACUGCAAGACAACGAAGACUACUCUCGUCCUGUUCUUCGUCUCACUAACCCCGAUUAA